GGCUCACUCCACCACGGUCAGCCUGCCGGCAGAGAAGUCCCGUUCAGCUCCACAGUCACCUUUUCAUUUGGAAACUUGAAGCGAAAAUCUAUAUUUAUAACAAACGUCGUUUUAUUUAUUUAAAGUAAACGUAAUCGUCUAAGCUAACUCUACAGGUAAACCGUUGGUUCAAGGUCGUAAUUUGUACAGAAAGAGGACUUUUUACGUAGCAGGAAUAGCCGGGUGGUGCUAACAAAGAAACCCUUUCUCUCCUCAAAUAAUCCCCAUUACUCUCUUUAGUUAUGAGUCAUGUGGUCGUUGAUAAUCCACACGGUCUAGAUCAGCAGCUUGCUGCCCUAGACUUGAACUCUGCUGACGGACAAGGCGGAGGAACUGGCAGGCGUUACAUUCCACCUCACUUGAGAAACAAAGAUGCAUCUAAGAACGCAGGAAAUGCUUAUUCCGCUGGUAGACAGUGCGGUUAUUCAAUGGCACCAGUAAAUCUCUAUUCACCUGGAUGGGACGGCGGACGCAGCAAUGGAUUUGUGAAUGGUUACCAUGACAACCGCACAAAUGGGGGCUUUGGAGGCCGAGGACCCCCUCGCAAUGAUAGAGGUGGGCGUGGCGCCUACCGUGGUAACAGGGGUGGAGGCUCGUUUAAUCAACCAUUACAGAAUGCAGGAUUUGGUGGUGAUGGUGGCGGCGGCGGUAACUGGGGAGGAGCUCCUCGGGAUGCAGCGUACAACAGCUUUGGCGGACGCAACGACAGGUCAAAGUCUGCCUUCUUCAAUGACCGUGGGUCAGGCUCAAGAGGAGGAAGAUAUGAGCGCGGGGGCUUUUCAAGUGGAGGAAACAGCCGCUGGCAGGACGACUCCAGAGACGAGGACUGGUCCAAGCCCACUGCUCCCAAUGAGCGCCUGGAACAUGAGCUUUUCUCUGCAAGCAACACUGGGAUAAACUUUGAGAAAUACGAUGACAUUCCUGUGGAGGCCACCGGAAGCAACUGCCCGCCCCACAUUGAAAGCUUCCAUGAUGUGGACAUGGGGGAGAUCAUUAUGGGAAACAUCGCCCUGAGUCGGUACACUCGUCCCACCCCAGUUCAGAAGCAUGCGAUCCCCAUCAUCAAGACCAAAAGAGACCUGAUGGCCUGCGCACAGACUGGCUCCGGAAAGACCGCUGCGUUCCUGCUGCCGGUGCUGAGUCAGAUCUACAGCGAAGGUCCAGGAGACGCCCUGCAGGCUGCCAAGGGUGGCGGACAGGACAAUGGAAGGUAUGGCCGCCGUAAGCAGUACCCCAUGUCCCUGGUCUUGGCUCCAACCAGAGAGCUGGCUCUGCAGAUCUACGAUGAGUCCAGAAAGUUUGCCUAUCGCUCUCGUGUGCGCCCCUGUGUGGUGUAUGGCGGUGCAGAUAUCGGCCAGCAGAUCAGGGAGCUGGAGAGAGGCUGCCACCUGCUGGUGGCCACACCUGGACGACUGGUUGACAUGAUGGAAAGGGGCAAGAUCGGUCUGGACUACUGCAACUUCUUGGUCCUGGAUGAGGCUGACCGCAUGUUGGACAUGGGUUUCGAGCCACAGAUCAGACGCAUCGUGGAACAGGACACGAUGCCACCCAAAGGCAUCCGACAGACCAUGAUGUUCAGCGCCACCUUCCCCAAGGAAAUCCAGAUCCUGGCUCGUGACUUCCUGGAGGACUAUAUUUUCCUGGCAGUGGGCCGUGUUGGCUCCACUUCAGAAAACAUCACCCAGAAGGUGGUCUGGGUGGAGGAGACCGACAAGAGGUCUUUCCUCCUCGACCUGCUCAAUGCCACAGUUAUUCCCAGUGAGGUUCAGGAAAAUGUGACAGAGGCCCCAGAGAAACCGGGCAAAGACUCGUUGACUCUGGUGUUUGUGGAAACAAAGAAAGGAGCCGAUGCUCUGGAGGACUUCCUGUACCACGAGGGCUACGCCUGCACCAGCAUCCACGGAGACCGGUCCCAGAGAGACCGAGAAGAAGCUCUGCAUCAGUUCCGCUCCGGACGCUGCCCGAUCUUGGUGGCUACAGCUGUGGCUGCCAGAGGUUUGGACAUCAGCAAUGUGAAGCACGUCAUUAACUUUGAUCUGCCCAGCGACAUUGAGGAAUACGUCCACCGUAUUGGCCGUACGGGACGUGUGGGCAAUCUUGGUCUGGCCACGUCGUUCUUUAACGACAAAAACAGCAACAUAACCAAAGAUUUGCUGGACAUUUUGGUGGAGGCCAAGCAGGAGGUUCCCUCCUGGCUUGAGAGCCUGGCCUACGAGCACCAGCACAAGAGCAGCACCCGGGGACGCUCUAAGAGGUUCGCUGGAGGAUUUGGAGCCAGAGAUUACCGUCAGACAUCAGGAGGCCCCGGAAACUUCAGCAGCAACCGGGGUGGACGCAACACUGGAGGCCAUGGAGGAAACCGUGGCUUUGGGGGAGGUGGCUUUGGUGGCAACUUCUACGGCAACGAUGGCUACGGAGGAAAUUACAGCCACUCUGGUAGUGUGGAUUGGUGGGGCAACUAGACGCCAUAGGAAUAGGUUGCCAUGCCAACCCGACCCAAUGGAAACCACAUGUUAACUUAAAGCCAGACCAUAACAACCCUCCCUGUGUAGCUUCACUGACACACAGUACAUUACCAACCCUGGUUCUCUGCCAUUCGCUUCUCUCAAAAAGGAAGUGCAGCACGACGCAAAGGAAAGUCACCAGCACGUGCAACGCACCGGAGAACGCAGAGAUUCGCACACCUCAGAGUGAGCAUGGAUGCUGACAUGCAUUGUCCGAUAGCAACUUCGGGCUUUCAUUGUUCAAAGUAUUUUUGUUCUUUUUGUGGAAAAAAUACCCAAUCGAAUAACCUGAGGAUCAUUUGUAUGUUAAUGUACUGUGCCUUUGGAAUUUAGACAGGAAAUCUAUGUUUUCAUUUCACCAGAUGAACAUGGCCAAGAGCUCUCAAAUUUGAUUUUACUAUUUUGUUUGGUGAAAAAAUAUUAGAAAGGUAAAAUAAGCUUGGACUUAAUCAAACCUUGGCAAACACUGGGGUAUUGUGGCUCUGAGCCAUGAUUCCAUUUGAACUUCAAAUUUAUUGCAGGAUCAUCAUGUAGCCUUUUCUAUAGUCAAACAGCUAAUGGAGCCAUUACUAUGUCUAACACAAACUGGGCCACUCUGUGAAGCAACCGUAUUUUAAUCCUAAGGGACAAAGUUACAUUUGUUUUUCUUUUUUGCUCACUCUAUCCUGGACAGGCUCCUUUUUAUGGAUAUGAUAGUCUUUGAAAUAGCCAUUCCUAUUGUAAUCUUAAGAAACACACAAGUCAUUAAGCUCAGUGCCAACAGUCGCUGAGGUUCAAACGAGUAAUCACUGCUGGAACUUGUUACUCCACUUUUUUCAAUUGACUUGACAGUGUUACGGCAGCUAGUGUGUUACCAAGUGCUAGCUACGUUAAGUGGGCGGUGUUUUUUGUUUAUUUUUACUUGAGACAUUUUUGGUGCAGGUGUGUGCAAAAUUGAAAAACUCUUGUCAGUUUUUUGAUUUUUCUUUUUGAAUUGUUUCUCUACAAAUGUGUAUCAAAACAAAAAAUGCCUGCCAUCUUGAAAGUUCAAAAUGGCCGCAUAAAGGACCACAGCAUCGGGAGGGCACAGCGUGGUGUUUAGUGUUUACUGAAUCAACCGGCAACCACGAGGCCCAGAUGGUAUUCUACGCUUGCAAGUGUUUUGUUUUUUGGUCAAGGAGGAAAGACACGUGAACUGAGUCGCAGGCUUAACUUAAUUACAAACGUUUUCUCUUUUCAAGCUGCGUUGGAGGCAUGGUUCAUCUUUAAGAGACAGGAACGAUCACUGAGGUUUAUCAAUAAACAGAGCGGGGCUAGAGAGCAGCACUUUGACCACUGGGGUUAGCUAGCUAGGGAGAGAGAGAGAGAGAGAGAGAGCGAGGAGGUGUGUUUGGGACGGACGCGCUUUUCAGUGCAUCGCCGGCGUCGGUGGCAACCAUUGCUGCUGGUAGUUUAACUGUGAGGUGGCCAAAGACGGGGGAGUCCACUUCCUCCAGUACUGUCAGGUCCUCUGGAGCUCAUCUGCUCACACGCUAUCAAUCUGUGGCUCCUUAGAGCCAGAGCAGGCUUCUCCUCUCAGAGAGGAGCAGCCAUCGGGAGGAGGAGAGAUGGGGCGUUUGACCUCAAAAUGCUCCCAAUUUUCUCAUCGGGUGUGUUGUGCCUUGAAACCUUAUUUUUUUUGUUUGUUUUUUCUUUUCUUUUUUUAAAGAAAUUGAUCUAAACGCGGAUGCACUGACAGUGUUGAGAACUUGAUUGAAUGGUGCUACUUGAUUUAGGUGUGUAGGCCCUUGUACGUCGUGCCCAUCAAGUUUUACAAAAGUUAUUUUAUUGCACAUCUAGAGUUUUAUAUAGAUGUCUUGGAUAUGUGUCCUUAAGCUUCCAAAUAUUGUGUGUGAGGAGAUUGUGAAAAACGCAGCUUGUUUACAAAGGGGAAGGGUUCUCAACGUUUAAACCAGGAUUUAUUUGGGACCAGGGGAUUUAGCAGUCGGGGGGAAUUUAGCCAUUUGCACAGAUUUCUAGAUUCUACUUUUGCUGCUAGUUUUGUGUAAUUUAUUAAGCAUUUUUGACAAAUAUUUAUUUUUGUAAGCCUCAAAGUGAUUCUUUGAAAGUUUCAGAAACUUGACCAAAAGACAGUACAAAAAACACUGGCACUUGAAUGUUGAAUGUCACCUGUAUGCGUGAAAUUUAUAUAUUUCGGGGUAGUGUGAGCUUUUUAAUGUUUAAGAUACAUUGGACUCAGUAAAUAAUAUCCACAGCUGUUUCAGGGCCUCCUCAGGGCCGGUCAUCUCAAUUAGAUUCUAUUAAUUGGUCAACAAAAUUUGAAACGCAAUUGAACAAACAUGCCAAGGUUUGGAAUAAAGCUGUCAAAAGAGCAAAAUAUAAAAGAAAUCCUAAGCAUAUCAGUGCUGAAGUGUUCAGAUUCUCCAAUUGUUGUGUGCAUUCUUUACUCUAAUUUGACCUGAUAAUUAUUUUUCUCCAGUGAAUGUCUGGCACAUGGCAAUCCUUAAAGAAACAAACAUGUGGUUUAUUCUCCUUGUUGUAUUUGCAUAUAUGACACCUCUGGAGUUCUCCCUGGAUGUGGAGCAGGUCUGCAGAUGGACGGCAGGUUCUGUGGUUCUGUGGGCAGAACCAGAGACUUGUUCCACAUUCUCCUGAGAACCCUGGGGAUCUUUAGAUGUAGACUUUGCUUUCUGUAUUAGCUUAUAGGCUACUGCACUGCAUGGGAAAUACUCAGCUGUGCAAUUGUAUGAUUUUACCAAAAUAAAAAUGUUUUGAAUGCAAAAAAAUGAUCUGGAAAAAUCAAGCAUGUUUCAUGAAGACUUGUUUACUGUAGUUGUGCAGAGAAGACCUGUAGCAGCAGCCUGUUGCCUUGUGUGGAUACAGGGCCGACCGGCGGCAACAAUUCAAUUUGGUAUCGAUUUGGAUGGGCUUCAUUUCUUUUGAAAAAAAUAUAAAGAUUUCAUUUGUAAAUUAA